UGCUCAUAAACAAUGUAAUUUGUAAACAGGACGUGGUGUUUGCGUUUUCUUUUCGCUUUCUGCCCACAUAAAGUGGUAUGGUUAACCAGACUUCUGAUUUAUGCAUCUCUAAGGUGACUUAGAGUGAAUCGAUUUGGAGGAAAGGGACCCAGGAUUGUAAGAGAAGCAGUCAUUGGCUGAAGCCCAGCGAGGGUGAACACUCCGUAGUUUUCGUUUUGCAUGGGCUGUUGUCCCUCACGGAUCUGCCGUCCUAAGACCAAGAUGUCUACAACAGUCAGUCAGUUUGCCAAGGAAGUAUUGCACUUUAGUUCCCAGUAUGGAACGGACGGCAACGUGUCCUACGUGGUGCCCAAUCUGGCUGGGCCGUCGACAAUCUACCCCAGUUACGGGGACAUGACAGCAGCAUGUGUGUUUCGGACGUACGGACCUUGGUGGGAGUUGGCCCCAUCCAGCCAGCCUGAGAUUGGCCGCAAUGCCAAAAAACCCUACCUCGGCCAAGACUUUGUUGACCUGUGGUAUGCCGAGAAGGUCUACCCGACUGAAGUCCGCAUCUAUGAGACGUAUCACCCAGGCGCUGUGGUGCAGAUAUUUGCGUGUGAGAUACACAGGGACCAGGCUGGUCAGAUAGUCAACAACAAUGUCAGGUGGCAGUUGUUAUGGUCAGGCAGGCCCCAGGUAUCGCUGUCCGAUCCAAGAAUCUUCUCUCCACCUCUCAGGAAAGUCCGCUUUGCAUCCAAUUUGAUUCGUUUGGUUGUCCACCAUCAGCAUUUACGGUACUACACGGAGUUGGAUGCGGUGGAGUUAGUUGGCACACUACAGGAUGACGGCACAGAUCUUGAUGCAGUCUACGCCUUGCGCAUGCAGACACUAUCCAUCAGGUCUCAAGAUGAUCUCAAUGUGUCUCCCAGUAUGGCUAUCGAUAAUGGCUGCUUUGAUAUGCUACCGGGUGAAUUAAUCCAGCUUAUCUUCUCGGAUCUGGAGUUGCUGGAUCUCUGCCGUGCUGCACCCACCUGUAAGCUAUUUAAGAAGCACUGCUAUGACAAACUUCAGUUCGUGGAGUUGGAUCUACAGCCCUACUGGCACAAAGUCAAUGAGAAUACAUUGGAUGGUCUAGCAGAGCGAUGUCAACAUCUACAGAAGCUAAGCCUGGCCUGGUGUGGGGACUGGGGCAGCCUCUCUACAGAAUCCUUCUCCAGCUUCAUUUUAGAAUGUGGUGCUGAAUUGAGAUGUUUGCGACUGUCAGCCUGUGCCUUCCUGACACCCAAUAACAUCAGUGUUAUAGCCUCAAAGUGUCCCAAGUUGGAAGAGCUGGAUCUGUCGUCAGUACGUGUUAAAUUGGACAGUGAUGCCUUCAACCCUUUAACAACACUGAGCAACUUGACACGGCUGAACCUGUACCGCACAAGGAUAACGGAGACAGUGGUCAUCAACAUCAUAAGAAAUUCACCCAAACUGGAGCAUUUGAAUCUAGGAGCAAUACAGACAAUACAAAGCUUUGACAAUGUGGUAGCUGAACUGGUUAAGUGCAAAUACCUACUAAGCUUGAAUCUAUGGCGUGCAAGGUCCCUGACGAUUACAGGCCUCGGUGCUCUAUCAGAAGGAUGCAAGAAUCUACAGGAGAUUGACUUGGGAUGGUGUGUCCAGUUGAGAGGCACUCAGUUUUCGUCGAGUUUUGUGAGUUUUGUGCAGUCCUGCAGGAAGUUACGGAAGCUGUUUCUAACUGCAGUCAGGAGCGUUUCCAAUAACGACAUGAACGCCAUUGCUGCCUACUUACCAGACUUGGAACAACUGGACGUCCUUGGUACGUUAUCGGUGUCUACAGAUGGUGUGCAGAGAAUACUGGAAAGCUGCCCAAAGAUGCGUUUCUGUGACCUGUCGUUCUGCAACAGCAUGUCCGAUAUGGAAAUCAUCGUGUUAAGGGCAGCCUACCCAAAGGUCACUAUACAGAGGAGCUUUGUCACCUCUUGACCUCUGCCCUCUGACCUGUCAGCAUCACGUCAUCAAUGUGUCAAGCUGGAGGACUGAUCUGGCAGAUCGAAGGUGGAAUGCUGGGUCUUGAUGAUACGGAUGCUCUGUAAGUAGACCAGCAUCAGGAAUCGGUGUCAGAAGCGGGAUGUCAGCUAAUCAAGACACAGGAUUUUGUCUAGAGCACCAAUCAAAUAUUUUGAUCCUCCGGUGCUCUGUAAGUAGUAAGCAGUCAAGACUUGUGAUGAGAAUUGUAUCACGACAGGGUUUGUCUCUCUGUUCACUAUGCAAAGUACUGAUGAAAUCCAUGUAUUUUAGGAUUUGGUUUUUAGUUCAGGUCUUAUGGAGUAUCAUUUUUAACUUUGAAGUUUUCUCAGGGCCUUUAAAAAAAUAUACUAACAGCUGUAGGUAUUAAAGUACUUUCCAAAACCUCACCGCACUAAACAUAGUUCUUACAUUAGAUUUGCAGUGGAAUCCUUGUCCUAAUUCAGGCAUCAAUAGCCAAACAUUUGAGUUCCAGUUGAAUCCAGAGCUGGGUAAAUCAAAAACCAGUUGAGGCAAGACAUGCAUGAAAUGACAUUGAACAUUCAACCAAUUUGUGGACCUCAAUUAGAGCCACUACUGUGCGUGGAGAUACCGACACACUCAUUGCCCCUCUGACCAAAAGGGUUGCACCUCAACUCGCAACAUGUGGAUGUGCAUGGUACCACAUCAGCGAUGGCAUCUAAUUGUGUUUUAAGGAAAAGUGAAGCAUUGGUUUCUAGUGAUGAUUUUUUCUUCCUGCUCUUGAUUCUUGCAGCGGCUUGAGCCUUAGACUUACAAGCCAGACGAGGCACUUUUGUUUAUUUGAGCUCAUUCAGGAAGCAACAAAAAAAAAAACUUGCCUCACCAUCAUCUUGUAAAUGUUGUCAGUCAGCUUGGUCUACUGUUCCUUCUUAUUGGCCGUCUUAGAAUUUUGCGUCUUGUCAGGUCAUAAGAUGUAGUCAACCUGUUUAGCAGCUUGGCGUUCGAGGAAAAUAACCCUCCACAAAGGGUCAGUAAUAGUAGCCUUUGAAAUCGAUGACAAAUUUCAACCCUCAUGCUAUGAUUGG